AUGUUGGCUAAUGGUUACAAAUUGGAAGACCAGAAUAUUGAGGAACACUGUCAGAGUCCUAGAAGACAUGGAAGAUGUGACAUCAGUCACCUCUCUGGAUACAAGCUUUGUGAAUGCAAGAGAUAUAGGAAGAAGCAAUGUAGCUUUGCAUCAAGCAGUGUUCUUCAACUAUAUGAAAGAAUCCACUCUGAAGAGGAACUCCAUGAACAUAAUCAAUGGAGUCAGAUCUUUUCAAAUUUCCCUAGUCUUCGAGAACAUGAAAAAAAUCACACUAGAGAAAAACCUUAUGAAUGUAAUCACUGUUGUAAAUCCUUUCCAAGUCACACUUCUCUUCAAAUACACAAAAGAAGUCAUAAAGGAAAGAAACGCUAUUAUUGCAAUGAAUGUGGGAAAACAUUUUCAUGUCACAGUAAUCUUCAAACACACAAAAGAACUCAUACAGGAGAGAAACCCUAUGUUUGCAAUGAAUGUGGUAAGGCAUUUGCAUGUCGCAGUAAUUUUCAAAGACACAAAAGAACUCACACAGGAGAAAAACCCUAUGACUGCCAUAAGUGUGGUAAAGCUUUUGCAUAUAGCAGUGUUCUUCACAAACAUGAAAGAAGUCACACCGGAGAGAAACUCCAUGUAUGUAAUCAAUGUGGUAAAGCCUUUGCCCGUUAUAGAAGUCUUCAAAAUCAUAAAGAACACCAUACCCUUCAGAAACCAUAUGAAUGCACUCAGUGUGGUAAAGCCUUUGCAUAUUGCUAUAAUCUUCAUAUACAUGAAAGAAGUCAUACUGGAGAAAAACCCUACGAAUGUGAACACUGUGGUAAAGCCUUUCCGAGUCACAGUUCUCUUCAAGUACACAAAAGAACUCACACAGGAGAGAAACCCUAUGUCUGCAAUGAAUGUAGUAAAGCAUUUGCAUGUCGUAGUAACCUUCUAAUACACAAAAGAACUCAUACAGGAGAGAAACCCUAUGAUUGUAAUGAAUGUGGUAAAGCCUUUGCAUGUCGCAGUAGCCUUCAAAAACAUGAAAGAACUCACACUGGAGAGAAACCCUAUGAGUGUACUCAAUGUGGUAAAGCCUUUGCACGUCGUAGUGAUCUUUAUAUACAUGAAAGAAGUCACACUGGAGAGAAACCCUAUGAAUGUAAUCGAUGUGGAAAAGCUUUUCUACAUUGCAUUAGUCUUCAGAGGCAUGAACGAACUCACACUGGAGAAAAACCUUAUGCAUGUAAUCAAUGUGGUAAAGCCUUUACACGUCGCUUUAGUCUUCAAAUACAUGAAAGAAGUCAUAGUGGAGAGAAACCCUAUGAGUGUAAUCAAUGUGGUAAAGCCUUUGCAAGUCGUAGUAGUAUUCGAAAUCAUGAAAAACAUCAUAAUGUUGAGAAACGUAAUUAAUGUAAUCAGUAUGGCAA